AUGCCUACGUUAGACCUCAGCAAUUAUAACAUCAUCUGCGCGGUUGCCGGAGGAUUCACCGCUCUCUAUGGCUUGGUAUCAUACCUCCUGAAGGAGAAAUUCUACUUGUCAGAAGCACUGUUAUCUCUAGGUGUCGGAGUACUCUUUGGGCCUGCUGCGAAUUGGAUCCGGCCUCUCGAUUACGCUCUGGACGAUGAGGUCAACCUAGAAAACAUCAACCGCAAUUUCUGCCGACUGGUCUUGGGUGUUCAACUGGUCAUCGCCGGCAUCCAACUGCCUCCGAAAUAUCUAAAGACGGAAUGGAAAAGCUUGGCCUACCUCUUGGGUCCGGGAAUGACGUUGAUGUGGAUAUUCACAAGCCUGCUCGUCUGGGCGCUUGUACCAAACAUCACCUUCCUGUACUCCCUCGCCAUUGGGGCGUGCGUGACACCUACAGACCCGGUGUUGUCAGCGACCAUUGUCAGAGGCAAGUUUGCUGACAAGCACAUCCCACGGCCGCUCCAGGAUCUCAUCAUCGCCGAAUCUGGCGCCAAUGACGGCUUGGGCUAUCCCUUCCUGUUUUUGCCACUGUACCUGAUCACCUACGUUGGGCAGGGAGCAUAUGGGCAUACCGCAGGCAAGGCUAUCGGCAUGUGGUUCUAUGAAACAUGGGCUUAUGAGGUCCUUGUCAGCUGCGCCUACGGGGCGAUGUGUGGUUGGAUCGCCAAAAGACUCCUGCACUGGGCAGAAGACAGAGACUGGGUUGACAGGGAGAGUUUUCUGAUCUUCGCACUCGCCUUGGCUUUGUUCAUCAUCGGAACCGACGGCCUCGUUGGAAGCGACGAUGUCUUGGCCUGUUUCGCCGCCGGCAAUGUCUUCACUUGGGAUGAUUGGUUCCGAGUCGAGACAAAGGAUGAUUCCCUGCAACCGAGCAUCGACAUGAUCCUUAACGUCACCAUCUUCAUCUGGUUCGGUGCUGUAUGUCCAUGGUAUAGCUUCGCGCACAACGACCUGAUUCCGAUAUAUCGCCUCAUUCCUUUGGGCAUUCUCGUUCUCUUGCUUCGUCGCCCACCGGUACUUCUGCUCCUACACAAGCGCAUCCACCAGACCGAGCGAUGGCGACAAGCCACCACCGUUGGGUUUUUCGGCCCAAUUGGCGUCGGUGCUAUCUUCUAUUUGUCAAUCAGUCAGGAAUAUCUCCGCGAUCAGGUAUUGGAUCGGAACGGCAAUCCCAGGGAGGACGCUGUGAGACUCAGGGAGACCAUGACAGUCGUCAUCUGGUUCCUGGUUGUCUGCAGUAUUAUUGUCCAUGGCCUCACUAUUCCCAUCGUGAAAUUGGGACUGCACCUCUCGGCCAGUGAUGAGUCAGAAGAGAGUGGUGUCGUCCAAGAAACCAAACGAAGGCAGGAUGAGAAUGGCAGCGCUGAGCCUGUGUCACACUUGGCUGGUGGUGAUCCGCUUACAAGCGGUGACCAUUCGACCAGCGAACCAGGUCAGGACAACAGGGCCCGGUGA